CCAAAAAAAAAAAAAAUUUAUGUAAGCAAAAAAUUUAAUGAUAAAGAAAAACACCACAAGAAGCAAGGCCUCCUCCUUUCCCUCCGCGUCGAAUUCGUUCGUAUCGACUCGUUUGAUCUCUCAGGUGCACCAAGAUAUGGCAGUUAAACCCACAGUUGCAUUGAGGGCUAUCCUUGUUGGGGGGAUAGCCGCAUUUGCAAAAAUAGGUGGCGUUAUGAAGGCAGCAGGUGGUGUCAAGUUGGGGGCGGCCGCAGCUGCAGUGACGGCUGCUGCAACUGCUGCCGUGAGCUCUAAGCCAGAUCAGAAAGAUGCUCCCCAUCAAUCCUAAAGCCUUAUUUUGCUUCUGCAGCCAGGAGGAGAUGUUUGUAGCAUAAUUGUCCUCGGCAUUGAAGUUUUCCCUUUUCUUUCGUUUUUGGGGUUACUCCUGUGAGCUGUUAGAAAAGCUGGUCUUGUCCAGGAUCAAGCCAAAUUUGUACUAAGAUGGUGAGAAAAGUCUGGAAAUAAGAUUUGCUCUGACUUGUACUCCAGAUAGGUUAUUGAAAUGGAAAGCAAUUCCUUUUCUUCUUUGA